AUGGCAUCGACAUCAUUCGAUGGCGACAACUACGCGCUCCAGGUUGGGGAUAAUAGUGGCUCGAUAGAAUUCCACCUGCCUCUGGAGCGACCAGAAACUCCACCCAGCCCUUUAUCAACUGUCCCAUUCUCUCGCGAUCCAGACUUUAAAAACUCGGUCCCGGGGUCGAGGAUAGCGCUUGUUGGCCUUGGCGGUGUUGGGAAAUCGCAACUUGCCAUCGAAUACUCGUAUCAAGUCCGAUCCAAAUCGCCAGACACAUGGAUUUUCUGGGUCCAUGCGAGCAACGCAACCCGGUUCGAACAAAGUUUCCGGGACAUUGCGAACCGAAUCAGAAUUCCGGGUCGUCAAGAUCCUAAAGCUAAUAUAUUCGAACUCGUCGAAGACCGGCUCCAGGAUGAGAAGAUAGGAAGAUGGAUCUGUAUCCUUGAUAAUAUCGAUGACGAUCAGCUUCUUGGUUCGAAUAGAGAUGCGACAAAAGGCCUAACGUACGUCUCGAACAAACCACUGCUGCAGUACGUUCCUAGAAGCCUAAAUGGGUCUAUUAUUAUCACGAGUCGGACUAGAGAGGUUGCGCUGAAAAUCGUCGACUACAAGGACCUUAUUAAGGUUGAACCUAUGGAAAAGGCCGAAGCGCUAGAGCUUCUGCAAAGAAAGCUUGAACAAUCAGUCGAAAGUCAAGACAGUCAACAGUUAGUGACCGUGUUAGAGUUUAUGCCGCUAGCGAUCGUACAGGCGGCUAGCUAUAUUCGCAACCGGGCGCCUCGCUAUUCGGUAUCGCAAUACCUAGCUGAUUUCCAAGGAAGUGAUCGUGAAGCAAUAAAGCUUCUAAAGAGAGAAGCGGGUCACUUUUACCGAGAUUGGGAGGCAAAGAAUUCAAUUCUUAUAACGUGGCACCUAUCAUUCGAUCAUAUUCGUCGCAUAAAACCAUCUGCGACGAAUUUGCUUUCUCUUAUGAGCUUUUUCGAUCUGCCAGGGAUACCAGAGAAUCUUAUCCAGUAUCAUCCUAGGCCUGACUACCCUCUAAGCUUAGAGGUUCGAAGUGACUCUAGUGACGGGGGAAAUCCGAGCCUGGUACAAGCCCCGAUUUCGAAGAUGACGUUAUGA